AUGUUGACAAAAAAAGAAAAGAAAGAACCUAGAAGAGCAUGGAUUGACAAGGAAAUAGUACAACUUAUAAAUGAAAGACAAAAAUAUAAAAACAAUAACAUGAUAGAAGGACGACAAAAAUAUUGCCAACUAAGGAACCAGGUUAAUCGUGAAACCAGAAAAGCUAAAGAAUGGUUGGAGCAGCAGUGUGGCGAAAUUAAUGAGCUAUUCAAAGUUAACAAAAUAGAUUAUGCGUAUCGCAAGAUCCGACAAUUUGUCGAAAAGAUAAAACGAAAUUGCACCAAUAUAAGAGAUAAAAAUGGCCAAUUAUUUAUUGAUUAUGAAAACAUAAUAAAACGAUAG